UGCGGACCGGGGAGGUGUGAGAUGUCUCUGUGGUCUUCAGUGUUUGCUGUCUGGUUUCUUUCUGUGGUUUGUUCUCCCGUCACCGGAUACCCAGAUGGGAGGGUGACCUCCGCCUGUGACUCCAUGACCCCUCAACACGGACAUCACCCGCAGUCAGGAGCCCUCCAUAAGAUCAGUGUGGACAGGAGCGUGUACAGUCCAGGAGACAGGAUCAGAGUGACUUUGUCCGGCUCACGGUUCUCGGGGUUCCUCCUCCAGGCUCGGGAUGCUGAUCACUUAGAUGGGGACGCGGUCGGUUCCUUCUCUCUGAUCGAUGAGGGAAUCUCUCAGCUUCUGCAAUGUGGAGGCGUCCAGGAUUCAGCCGUCAGUCAGACCAACAAGAGGAGGAAAGAAGAGGUGUCUGUGUACUGGUUGGCCCCCCACCAGGGCCCGCUGCACAUCCAAUUCCUGGCAACUGUUGUGGAGAAAUACGCUGUGUACUGGGUGAAGAUCCCCGGGCCGGUCAUAUCUCAGUCCGGUGCUCCGCUCCUAUCCUCCGCUCUGCAGAACGCCGCACCGCCACCUGAGCUACCAGCCAAGCCACUAGUCGCGUCCUCCCUCACAGAGAUGCUCCUGGAAGAAGUGUCAGCUUUACGUGGACCCGAAGGCACUAGUGAAGCACCUUUUUAUGGCAAGAUGACCUACUGA